CUUUCAAACCGCCAUGGAACACUUAAAAAUACUCAUCCAAAACCUUUCGAUUUCAUCAAAUUCAAACUAUUAUUUUCAUUUGUCCGUUUUGAAUACCGUUCUUUUAGCCUAGAAGGAAACCCCAUAUUCUUUAACCAACGGCAUACUUCAAUGGAGACAUCAUCUGUAAACUCCAACCAGUUUCCGUUGCUUGAUAUGGUCCUUUUGUUUCAUGUAUUCUCAUGUUAUAACACCGUCAGAUGUUUUUUCUCAAGAUAUUGGUCUUCUUCUUCCCCACAAUCCCAAAAGAUUUCUGAGUUUUCAAGCAAGGAAGAUUUUUCAUCUGGUGAGAGAUUGUGCAGAAAAGAGGUGGAAAACUUGAUGGUAAAUCUGGGGAUUUUGUGCAGCCACGAGAUUGGGGAAGAAGAGUUGAAUGAAUCACUGGGGUGCGAGGAGAUUUCGAGGUUGUUUGAAGGAGAGCCGAGCUUGGAAGAAGUGAAGGAAGCUUUUGAUGUUUUUGAUGUGAAUAGAGAUGGGUUUAUUGAUGCAAAGGAAUUGCAGAGAGUCCUUUGUGCUUUGGGAUUGAAAGAAGGUUUGAAGCUGGAAAACUGCUUCAAGAUAAUCCGAACAUUUGAUGAAGACGGCGAUGGCAGAAUAGAUUUUCAGAAAUUCGUCAAACUUAUGGGGAAUAGUUUUUGCUGAAUCACUUCUUUCUUCUUUUCUAUCAUCA